AAACGAAUCGAAUUCAAUCAAUGAAUUGAAUAAACGUGUGAAUUAAAUUGCAGAUGAAUGAAAUCAACUACAACAACCCCAACAAAGAAAGAACCUUAAUAGACUUUUAAGUGCUAACCAAAAAAAAAAAUAAAUUUAUUGAGUGCAAAAUAACUACGACACAAAAGUAACUAAAAGUAAAUAAAAAAAUUCUUCGCUAAAAACGUAAGCUGUGGCAACAAAAUAUGUAAAAGGAAAUUGAAUUUUUUCCAUUUUCUCAUGCAUACAUGGGUGUCGCUGUUUGUCUACCGCUGAAAUUGUCACACUUGUACAACAUUACUAUGCCGUUUCCUCUAUUUGUGUUUGCCUGCAAUUCGGGCACAAGGAUUCAACGACAAUGAACAUAAAGUAACUCAGGUUUAAAAAUUGCCAUCGACGACGACGACAGCACCAACGAAGAACCUACGCAUUUAUAGGAAAAUAAAAAUAAGAUAACAAUACAACAACAACUACUACUACAAAAUCAACAAAACCCCAAGAAUUCCAUACAACAACGUACAAAACUAAGCACAUGCUCAGAAAUGAGUACAUCCGCAAUUGUUGCCAAGGCAAAAGCUUUUGUCUGUCUCACCUCAUUAUCGUUGUUGGAUAUUACUUUGGUAACCACCAGCGCACUACUCCUAUUACUGCCAUUGCCGCCAGCAGCCACAGCCACAAGCGGCUUACGUGUACCCACCUUCCUGCAGGAGCCCCCCUCACGUUUGCUCUUUGGCAAUGACACUGGUAGCCAGGCUAGUUGCACGGCACACGGCAAUCCACCGCCAAUUGUUUCCUGGGUGCUCAGCGACGGAACAAUGGCCACACAAGUGCCAGGACUUAGAAAAAUAUCUGGCAAUGGGACCCUAUACUUUCCACCAUUUCUGGCACAAUACUAUCGCACCGAUGUACACGAGACCAUGUAUCGCUGCCGUGCCACCAAUGAAGUUGGCACAAUAUUGAGUCGAAAUGUGCACGUACAAGCAGUGGUACGCCGACAAUUUCACGUGCACGUGGAAAACAUCGAAGUCUUUUUGGGAAAUUCAGCGCUGAUUAAGUGUGCCAUACCGGACUAUGUGCGUGCAUAUGUCAAGGUAACCACCUGGCAACGUGGCGAGGAGAUGCUGUUGCCCGAUGUAUCCGAUGUUGCUGGCCGCUAUGUGGUCCUAUCAGCAUCAGGAGAUUUAUACAUUCGAACGGUGCGCACCGAAGAUAGUUUGGUGAAAUAUUCGUGUCUGGUUACCAAUACUCUGAAUGGCGAUAGACAACGCAGUGAGGCUGUAAUGUUACAGGUCAAAGAGCUUAGUAAAAACUUAGCGCCACGUACAACCCAAAAACCCGUUAUGGACAUCCAUGUGGAGCGGGGCAAUGAUGUUCACAUGCCGUGUAACAUCCAAGGCAGUCCAUUACCUAUAUUCACAUGGUAUCGUGUAUCGGAUUCAUCAGCCCUGUAUCCAAUACCAUCGUCACAGCGUGUGAUAUUAUCCCGAACAUUGUUGCUUAUCAAAAAUGCUGACGAACGUGAUGCAGGCAAAUGGGUCUGUCAAGCAUCAAAUCAAUUUGGCGAACAGCGAAUUGAAAUUCGUUUAUUUGUGAAUUCGUAUGUAUCCGUCCACAUACUGCCACAAGUUCAAAUUGUCAAUUCGGGCGGAACGGCAAUUUUCAAUUGUUCGACAACGGGUUCGGCGAUCGAUAACAUCGAAUGGUUGCACAAUGGCAAGCCGUUGCAGGAGGACAAUAUUCUAACCACUGGACGUGAUAAUUUACGUUUCUUGGCCAAGAAAUCUUUAAUGAUAACGAAUGUAGGUCGUCGAGAUCGUGGCGUCUAUCAGUGUCUGGUUGAAAAUCAAAAGUCGAGUGCCCAGGCAAUGGCCGAAUUAAAAUUGGGCGAUACAGUGCCAGAAUUGAUUUAUACGUUCAUUGAACAGAAUGUACGACCCGGACCAUUAAUAUCGCUUAAGUGUUCAGCCAGUGGUUCGCCGCCACCACAAUUCUCCUGGCUGCUGGAUUCACAGCCAAUUAUGGAUGUUUCUCUGCAUCAUCGCUUUGCCAUUGGCCAAUUUGUCGAUAUGUCUGGCGAUGUGAUAAGUCAUUUGAAUAUUUCACAUGUACGACCGGACGAUGGUGGCCUUUACAAAUGCAUAGCCACCAAUACAAUGGGCAGUGUGGAGCAUUCGGCACGUCUUAAUGUUUAUGGACCACCAUAUGUGCGAGCCAUUGGACCCAUCAAAGCUGUCGCCGGCGAAGAUGUAACAGUACAUUGUCCAUUUUCCGGCUAUCCAAUAGAACAAAUUAGAUGGGAGCAAGGACAUCAUGAACUGACAACAAAUUCCCAUUACUCUUUAGCACCCGUACAACAGGGAGGAUAUCUUGUCAUCAAGAAUGUUGAACCAACUCGUGACCAGGGCAUCUACACCUGUAUUGUUAAGGUUCGCACGGGAGAGGAAGCACGACGUGAUAUUCAAUUGAAUGUCAAUAGCCCUCCAGUUAUUGAGCCAUUCAAGUUUCCCAAAAAUCUCCAAGAAGGAGGGCGGGCACAAAUUACAUGUGCCGUGUCCUCGGGUGAUAUGCCCAUAUUUUUUAGUUGGAAAAAAGAUGAUAUGUCUAUACCAUCAAGUCUACAGAUUUCCGAGAAAAAGGAGGAGUUUUAUUCGUUGCUGGUUUUUAAGGACAUCAGUGCUAAGCACAGCGGCAAAUACACCUGUUAUGCCAGCAAUGCCGCUGCCAAGGUCAACUACACGGCUGAGCUGCAAGUUAGAGUUGCACCACGCUGGUCGUUCGAACCAAUGGAUACGGCCAUAAUGCUUGGCAAUACAAUAUCAAUAAACUGUGAGGCAGAAGGAUAUCCGAUACCCACGAUUACCUGGUUCAAAGGACAAGGUAAAUUGAAUACUGAUUUCAAACCUUUAAAUAUGCGCAACCAUUCGCUGGUACUCAACUUGGCGACCGACAUUGACGAGGGUUACUAUAUGUGUCAGGCCACGAAUGAUAUCGGAGCGGGUCUUAAGAAAAUUAUACGCAUCAAUGUCAACGAACCUGCACGUUUCGAACAAACAUCACGCAACGUCUCGUCGCGCCGUAAUGAUGCUGUCACACUCGACUGUCAUGCCAAAGGUGAUGAACCCAUUAGUGUCGCCUGGACUCACAACAAUGCACGCAUUGAUUUGAAUAAUUUCCGCUUUAGCAUAGCGGAAAUGAAAACCGAAAAGGGUGUUGACUCUCAACUGACCAUAUCACGUUCGGAUCGUCACGAUUCGGGUAUUUAUAAAUGUGUUGCCGAGAAUCCAUAUGGUCGGGCUGAACAAAUCAUCUAUCUGGCGGUGCAGGAGCGGCCAGAUACACCCUCUAAUCUGGAUGUAUUUGAAGUUGGUUCGAGAACAGUGAAAUUAUCUUGGCGUCGGCCAUUCGAUGGCAACUCCCCGGUGUUGUCGUAUUUGGUGCAAUAUCAACCACUGAAAUAUUUGCAAUCUCAUACGGCAUUGGGUUUGGCUGGCAGUGAUUGGAAUGGUCCGAACAUCAUCAAUGUAACGCUGCCAUCGACAAGCAUAAGCAAGAGCUAUGACAGCGACUUACGUGAAAGUGCCAUUGUAUCGGGUCUGACACCAGCCACCACCUUCCUGAUCCGUAUGCAGGCCAUCAAUGAAAUUGAACGCAGCCCCUUUACCGAACCAAUCGUCUUGAAGACCCAGGAGGAAGCCCCCACCGAAGCGCCGUCAAAUGUUCAGGUGCAGACUGGUGGCGAAAGUGAAUUGAUUGUCACUUGGCAGAUACCACCACGAGAAUCGUGGAACGGUGAACUGAUUGGCUACACCGUCAACUGUAGCGAGGAAAAACAGAAUAUCAACUACAUUAGCGUUGUCAAUAAUUCACUGAAGUCUGUGAUUGUAAGUGGCUGGGCCACAACGAAGGCCACAUUACGUGGCUUGCGAAAGUAUACCCGGUAUGCGGUUACGGUGCGAGCCUUGAAUAGUUUUGGUUCGGGGCCGUGGAGUACGCCCAUCUUUGGGACAACAUCGGAGGGAGUGCCGGAAGCAGCACCGCAACAUGUCAACUGUACCGCAUUAUCGUCACAAAGUCUAAAAGUGUCCUGGUUGGAGCCACCAUUGCAAUUUCACGGUGGCAUAAUUCAGGGCUAUAAAAUUUUAUAUCGGCCGAUUGUGAAUCAGAUUGAUUUUCCAGCAAAACUAGAAAUAAAACGUACAUCGAAUUUGGAAACCUAUCUGCACACACUACACAAGGCGACCAAUUACUCGUUGCGGGUACUGGCGUACACGGCCACUGGUGAUGGUGUAGCCAGUCAGCCGUUAUAUUGCCAAACGGAGGAUGAUGUGCCCGAUGCACCGGCUGCCAUCAAAGCAGCUGCCCUGACGGCAGAUUCCAUUUUGAUUUCAUGGCUGCCACCGAGAAAUCGCAAUGGCAUAAUAACCCAUUAUACAGUCUAUUCAAGGGAAGCCGGACGUAAAGGACAGGCCAAAUCUCACAUGGUGCGUGUCGAUGAGUCUGGUUAUCCGGUUACACACGAGGCACGCAGUUUGGCUGAGAAUCAAAUGUACGAAUUUUGGGUAUCGGCCUCAACGUCGGUUGGCGAGGGUGAGCCAACAUCUGUGGUGGCACAAGCCACAAACACACGUGCACCUGCAAGAAUAGCCUCAUUCGGUCAAGUUGUACGAAAGGCAGUGGGAACAAGUCUUAUACUGGAAUGUCUGGCUGUGGGUAAUCCAACACCCAGAGCACGAUGGCUGACACGUGACCGACCGGUAACCUUUAGUCCCUUCUAUGAGGUGACAAACGAAGGAAAUCUAAAAAUACACAGAGUUGAGGGUAGUCUGUCCGGAAAUUACACAUGUACGGCAAACAAUCUUUUUGGCAGUGAUGAAAUACAAUACCAAGUGAUUGCCAUGAAACCACCGGCCUCACCACAAAUCAUUGUCCAGUAUGCCUCGGCGGACAGCAUACGGGUGAGUUGGGAUCCACCCGACGAUGGUGGUGCCCCAUUGCAGGGCUAUGCCAUCUCAUAUCGCAUUAUGGGCGAGACAUGGUCCCAAAUCGAAUUGAUGCCGGAGAAUAAUGCCUACACUAUAACGGGAUUGAAAUGUGGCAAUCAGUACAUCAUCAAGAUGUCGGCCCACAAUAUUGUGGGGGAUGGUGCGGCCAGUGAGGAAAUUAAUGUUUGGACCAAGGGUAAAGCCUCCCAAGCUCCCAUCAGCAACGAACUAAUUGCAACGAACGCAUCGUGCGUUAAUUUGAAAUUGUCAGCAUGGAAUAAUGGCGGUUGCCCAAUUCAUCAUUUCUCCAUUGAACAUCGUCCUUUGGGUGAUGUCCGUUGGACUGUUGUUACAUCCGAUAUCUCCAAUGCCGAAGAGAAUCGUGAAAAUUUAAUAUUUUGUGAAUUUCAACCGGCCAAAUGGUAUCAACUGCGUAUAUCGGCCAUCAAUGAUGCUGGCAAAACGACAGAACAUUAUCAUUUUGCAACAACGAACAUCGACGGCGUGACCAUACCACCACCUCCUGUAUUUCCAUCGGAAAAUGAUUUAAUGAAUAAUCUAAUAAAUGCUACGAAUCCCACCAACGGUGAUUGGCUGUCAACGUUUAUUGUCAUUGUCAUUAUAACUGUGGCCAUAAUCAUUAUAGCAUUAACCAUAAAACAUCGUCGCACUCUAUGUGGCCCCCUGGCCGAGGGCUAUGAGUCCCGCACAUUACCGGGCGAAUACAAAGAAGACCAUGACAAUCGCCGCAAUCAGCAGGUGUAUAGCGCUUCACCCGUUAAAACAGUGGACAAAGGAAAUGAAUCAGAAAUGUAUGAGAUCUCACCAUAUGCCACAUUUAGUGUGAACGGCGGUAGGACGGGAGCUCCCGCCAAAACUCCAACCCGUGGGGUGGCCGCUUCACCCAUGGACUAUACCAUGCAAUUCAAAACAUUUGGUCAUCCUGAAGGCGAAAAUCUAAAUGCUACUGCAUAUCCAUUGUUGCCCUCAGCCGGAUUUGGACACGUUAAAUCCAAAUCAUCGUGGCACAAACAACGCUACUACAAUACCGAUGAUGAAUCAACACUGAGCAAGUCAAUGACCAUGGCUAUUGGUUCACAGACGAAGAAGUCGUCCCGCGGAGAUGGUGGGGGUCGCAGCAGUGGAGGUGGUGGCAAUAAAAGCAACAGUAGUAGUAGUGGCAUUGGUGGAGGCGGUGGCAGUAGUGGCGGUGGAGGAGGCGGUGGAAGUGGUGCUGGUGGUCUCACCAAUGGCAGUGGCCAUUGUGAGUCCGAAUCAGACACCAGCAUUAGUCCAAGUACUGAAUUUUCCAAUAUGCCUACUUAUAGAGUUCCUUGUAAGUCACGCAACAGUGAUGGUCGUAGUGGAGUAGAUAUGUUCCGACCUGACUCUUCAACCGAAUCCAAUAACGAUCAAUCAUCGCCCAUUGACAGGCGCAUGAAUGCCCAACGAUAUGGCAAGGAUAAUAGUGCCAUGCCGGGUGAUAAGAGAGGAGGUGGUGCCAAUGGCCAUCGCAGCCGUAAACACCAACAAAUAAAUGCCAAGGAUUCACUGGAUAGACGCCUAUGUCCUGGUAGUAACAACAGUUUAGACAGUGAGCUUAACAAUUCGGAAACAUCGGCCUCCAUUGCAGCGACCAUUGCCGCAAUGACGGGGGCGAAUAACAUGGGUUUUCGACCACCUUCCGGUUUUAUCGAUUCACGUGAAUUCAGCGAAGCCGAAUGUGAUCACGAACAAAGGGCCUUAGACCUGGAGGUGCAACGUGUCAUGGAGAACAAGGAUGGGCAAUUGAGCAAAGUGGACCGGGAGGAAUUAACCUCACUGUUGGCAAGAUAUCACGAGAAGAAGGAACAGGAGCGUCAGGAGUUUACAAUACAUGUCUAGGAUACGGCAAAGGAGGCGGCUCCUAAAAAAUAACGAUACGUUUAACAGACGACAAAAGUUUCAAGGGCAACUUGAAACUGCGUGAAAAUCAAAAUGUUACAUACAUACAAGUACAUAUAUAGGUUAUAUAUUUGUAUGGUAAGAACAGAACCACAUUAAGAUGUUUUAAUGCAAAAUGAAAACCUACUAAAUGUAUACUUUUCACAGUUUAUAUGUAUAUGUUAUUGUAAGUUAUAUAGAAUAGUAAUGAUAUGGACAAAAAAAAAAAAACUAUGUAGCCAACUAAUCUCAACCAAAAAGACUUAAGCAAAAGUUGUUCUCAAAAUUUAGUUUUUUUGAACUAUAUUUGUUUUUUCUACUAUCUAAGGGGAAUUUUUGAUAUAUCAUUUUAAAUUUUGUAUAUAUUGUUUUCGAAAUAUAAGAAGCAAAAAAAAAUACUAACAGUACUCAAAAUUGUUUUAUGAUGCAAUACUAAUGUUUAUAACAUCCAACAAGUUUUGAUAUUCUUUCAGGAGGAUAGAAUGUGUUUAUAUUGAUUAAAAUUUUGCAUUUUUAUGGGGUAAUUAAUUAUACCAUAUAUAGUCAAAUUAAAUGUAUUUUACUGAGGCUCAAAGGAGGAUGUGAAUUUUCACUAUGCUAUCAAUUUCAAAUCUAUUGUAGAUUCUUAAAUCUCAUUUUCGAUAUGUACAGAAAUACUUUGUUUUAAGGGGUUUAAAAGCCAGCACCUUUUGGAAUUAGUCUUAACCUUUUUGCUGCUACUAACGCAGCUAAAAUAGCACAUUAUCAGCUAUUUAGCUCAUCGCAUAGCUAUUUAGCUCGUUUUUGAAAUGCGAGCUAUUUUUGUUUAGCCCUAACCGACAAUAAAACUAAAAAUUCAGCACACAAAAUAAGCUAUAGCUCGGAUUUCGGCUGCUGCUAUUUUCAUUUUAGCCGAAUGAUCAGUCGAAACAUAUUUUUAUAAUUGUGUGUUGUCAACGUACAAAUUAAUAAAACGCGUAUAUAUGUUUUCGAGCUAAUCUAAGUUUAUUUUUGGAUUAUAACUUACCAAUAUUUUUUCUUAAUGUAUUGUAUAAUAUCUCACAAAAAUGAAAUAAAUUCAAAUGUAUAGGAUACAAUAACAUUUGCACAUUGUCUCCAUAUGAAAAUACCAAAUGUAUAAAAAUGCAAUUUUUAUCGCAUUUCAUACGAUGUGAAAAUUAUAUAAACACCGCUGAACCCAAAAAUUAAUAUUUAUUUUUCUUGGCUAAGAACCGAGCUACGCAGCAUCAGUAAUGUUGCUUUUUUGGUGCUGAGCUAUUUUGAUUAUUAGGCUAAUUUUAUUUUAGCUUCCGCCGCCCACUGCUAUUGCCUAUACUGACGAUUUCAAAUAGCAUUAGCUCUGUCGGCUACAUUGUAAUGUGUUGCUAUUCAUUUUUUAAAGAUUUUUUAGCAGGCAAGUCUGAAAAUUUUCGGUGCUAUUGCUAAUUUGGCGUUAGCAUUAUAAAUCCUGGUUUUUAAUUCAAAAUUUGAUGAUGCCUUGAUCAUUGAUAUUCUUUAAAACCUUUUAUCUCUGACUCCAAAUGGAAUUUUGGGGUCGUCAUCAUCAGAAUGCCCUGUGUUUGGCCUUCGUGUAAAGUCACUGGUGGAAAUGCAUUAUCAUCGAUCUGACUUACAUUACCCAUCGGUUUUGUUGACCGGUGUAUUUUAUCUUCACACUAGAUCUAAUGUUGGUAGAAAUAUUGGAGGAAACCGAAAUAUUUCAUAUCAAUGCUAUAUAUAUAUAUUUUUAUACCCUACAACACUAUGUGUUGGGGGUAUUAUAAGUUUGAUUGGGCCAAAAAUUAUGUAACACCUCGAAAUAUUGGUUUCCCACAUAUGAAAAUAUAUAUGGAUCUUCCUAUCUCGCCGAGAUGAGUCGAUCUAGCUAUAUAUGUCCGUCCGUCCGUCUGUCCAUGUUAAUUUGUAAUCAAGCUACAGGUCGCAAUUAUGAACCGAUCCUCACGAAAUUGAAAAUGGAGGUGGGGUUAUGGUCAGAAUAGAACACUGUUGUUUUUGGAGAUGUUCGCACAAUAUUUAGGGGUUAAAAUGGACCAAAAACAGAAAAAAAUCCUGAUUUUGCAGUUGCUCUAUAGGCCACAAUUAUGAACCAAUCGACCAAUGAACCAAAUUUACAUGGAGUUAGAGUUUAGGAGUGGACAGAAACAUACCAAUUUUUGAGGCCAUCGGACAAUAAUUAGCGGGUAAAAUAGACCCUAACUUGUAUGUAAGAAAAUAGGAAAAUGUGCACUAAACCGCGAAUAUUUUCAAUCCCAGCCAAAUCAAAAAUACAUUAAAAGAUCGAUUCUGAUCGUAGGAGUGAUGCUAAUAGCCAAGUCAUCGGAUAUAUAACAAAAUAGGUACAAUAUAUAUGUAAAAGAAUUGAUCUUAUUUAUUCUGCUUAUAAAUCAAGAACCGCUGGGCCGAUUUCCACAAUUCCCAUCAAUUCGGAAUGGUCUCUUGUCAUAAAACGAUGAAAUCUAAGAAAAUCUCAGAAAAAUAUACCAAUAAAAAAGUGAAUAUCUUUGGUCGAUUUUUUUUUUCAAUUUUUGUCAUAUUUUUUAUCGCAUGCGAUUUUUUCAAUUUGACUUAUAAUUUUGAACUCUAAAUUUUCUAAAAUUUUACACCCCCAAAUACUACGUUUUGAGGGUAUUAUAUUCAUAUCGCAAUUAUCGUCCGAUCCACACGAAAUUUUGCAUGGGGAUAGGGUCAGAAUUAAAGUCUAUUGUUCUUAAGAUGUGCAUUUAGAGGUGCAAAUAGACUAAAAAAAUUAUUUCUCUCUAAUUUUGUAGUCGCCCUCAGUCGAAAACUAAUCGACACGGGAUUUCGCAUCAGAAGAGAGUUUAGCAUUUUGGAUGACCAUUUUUUUGCUUUCAAUUUUGUUUACUUCUUUAAUUUCUUACUUCUUUAAUUUAACAACCAACUUAUAGUUAGACGUAGAAAAAUGCAUUUAUAACUAAAGAUUUUAUCAACUGGUUGAAAAAAGUUUCGCAGGAAAGGAACUGGAAAUCUACUUUUUUUCAGAUGGGUCAAAUCGGCAUGUACCCUGAUCGUUCAAAAAACUCAUUUAACGGGUGGAUUGAUUCAAAUUUGUUUUAAAUAUAAUAUUUAUGUCAGACGUAGGUCAGGUUCGAAAAUCGUGAAUGCCAAUAUUUUGAGUAAUCAUGAGUCUUAUAAAAUAGCCAAAAUAAUAACCAAAUUUUCCACAAACUUUUCUUAUAAGAUUUUUAUCACAACUAGUUAGACUUAAUAUGAGAAAUAUCCACUCUUUUUGGUGACGCCACUAAGAGAGAGUUUUAAUAAACAGUAGUCUCAUAUUUUGUUGAUUGAAAUCUUGGGACGUGCCGAGCUUGAAAGGAGUUGGAUGCUCAUUUCGCGUCUUAUAAACUUCAUGGUUAUUCCAAAGUGUGACCCUUAUUGGGGCAGCUACCAGAAAAAGUGAUCUGAUCGAUUCCAUCUUCAUAACAGACCAAGAGUUGUCACAAAUAUUAGGUUAAGCGAAAUUUCAAGACAAGUGGACUCUCAUUUCACAUUUUAAAACUAUUGCGAUUAUUCAAAAUAUUGACACUUUGUGAGAGAGGUACCACAAGGAGUUGACCGGUAUUGUUCAUUUUCGCAUCUGAAGGUGCACAGGCACAGAUAUUAGAUUCUGCAAAGAUUGAACAAAAUCGGAUGAUCCCUUCUUGUUCUGGGGGGUGGUACCAGAAGGAGUUGACCGAUAUCGCUUAUCCCCAAACUCGAUCUAAGUUCGACAAAUAUAUACAUUGUACUAAGUUUGGACGAAUUCGGAACACCUUUUGAGCCUUAUCGUACGCACCAGUUAGACAUACAAACGGAUGGACGUCCGUAGAUCGACUACAAAUGCCCUGAAGCGGAUUAGGUUCAAAGAGAACUAUAUUAUUUCGAUGAGGCACGUUUUAGUCAUAUCAAAUGAUAUAUACCGUCUGUAGCCAUAUGGCUGAGGUUAUAAUAAGUAAUGCAUUUGCAGUAUUUCGAUUUGAUCAGCAUCGAAAACUUUUGGAUAUAUUAAAUAAUAUAUGUAUCCAGUAGGAAUAUGGCUGAAUGUAAAAUACGUACCCCUAUAGGUUGCAAGAUAAACUAUUAAUUUUCUUAGGUGAGAUAUAGGAAUGUGACUCAUUAUAAAAUUGAUAUCUACUUGCCUCUAUCAAAUGUUCAAAUGUGACAUUUGUCUCAAAAUACACCUCCAUUCAAAAUAUGAUAUAUUUCUGAAUCCGAAAUGAAUCAAAAAAUUGUUACAUUUUUAGCACACAGUAUUAUCUUCCAUAUUCAUAUUACUUUACUGCCAUGCGUAAUUACAUAUGUAUGAAUGUGUUUUAUGUACAUUCUGAAUGUGUAUGUACACUGACACACAACUACACUUGCAAAUAGGUUAAUAAGCAUUUAUGUUAUAUAACAAUGUUAUGCAUUUAAAUUGUGUAUUUAUUUAGAAAUUUUUGUAAUUAGAAGAUUAAAAUUAUAUUUGUAUUAUAUCUGGCAUAGGAUCUAAGCUAAGAGUAACACGUAAAUAAAUAAAUAAAUAAAUAACAAGGUAUACAUAUAUAUGUGUGUGUGUACACAAAUACAAAACUCCCAUACUGAGAGUCGAGCACUCAUGUGUAUGUAAAUGAACAUUAUUAACAAAACUUCCCAUAAUUUAUAUUGAAUUGUUAAGUAACCGAUAUAAAUAAAUAAACAAACAAAACUAUAGAAAAAUAUUCCAAAAACUACAAAAACAACAACAAACAAUAUGUAUAUCACAAAUAGGUCACCACCAACCACACUGCGCCAGUAAUGAAAACAAAACUUAAACUGCAGCAAAUUAUAUAUAAUUAAAUCAUAGAAUACAUAAAUAGAAGUAAAAAUAUAUACAUAUAUUAUGAAAAAUAAAAAUUUAAAUAAAUAAAUAAAACAGAAAAGUGUAUGGCAGAACAGAACAGAAUACUUAUCAUCACCAUCAAAUUAUUGUUCAUUUUUUUCUGUUUGUUUUCGAUCACAUUAAAAUAAUUAAAUUAUCCAAGCAUGAAGUGCAUCAGACGAAGUAUGAAAUUAAUUGAAAAAUAAAA